GCGUCACUGAGUUGUACAAUACCGUGUAGCAGCAUCCGGUCACCGUCAACCGGAUUCGCAGUUUUCUCAACCCCGGCAGCCGGACCCAUUCCGGAUGGUGGCCGGACCAGGACAAGACUGAAACCGGGAGGCGCAAUCGAAUUGUUCGAAUUGUGAAGUCGCAUUGCAUCUCCGUUCUGGGACCCGUGGCCAUGGCGCCCCCCGUUGUUCCAAACACGGACAAUUUCCUGGGCGUCGCCCUCGUCAUCAACCGCUCGCGAGAUGGGCCGAGAUUUGUGUUUCACUACCCGCCCCACCUUCUGCCGGCAGAGACCGCGAAGCGGGAGGCUGAUGAUGGCGAGGAUGUCGAUGAGGACGACGACAUGCUCCUCGGGCGUCCCCCCUCCCGUGAUGCACCUCUUGAGACUAGCUCGUCCUCGAGCUUGCUCACCGCCCAACUCGCGCAGUGGAAUCAUGAUGACCACCUCAUCACGGACAGCGGCACCCAGAUCGUCCCCUGGGAGCACGUUGCUGGCUUUCCCACCAAGGACCUGGUGAAUGUCCUGACUCCGGCAAGAGCCUAUCAUAAGAGGUUGUUUCAGGUGUCACUGGACCCAAUAUAUUGUGUCUCAUAUCCCAUCUACGUCCCGGAGAACGGAGUGUGGCGGAAGAAGAAGAAGAGCAAGAAACCGCAGAAACAGCGCCAGUCGCAGAGCGAGGCAGGGCUGUCGAGGAAAGAAGACGACGACGCCGUGCCAACUGACGCCGCCGGAUCAACGAAGAGCGCCGGCGAGAAGGGCGAUGCGGAAAAGAUUGAGGUGAGGGACAUGGCGAAACCCCUGACAAGGCCGACCGAAGAGACCGAGGACAAGAAAAGCUCCAUGACCAUGUUCAACCUGGUCUUCUUUCUCAGGCCCAAGAAGCACGAGGUCAAGCCCCUCGUAGACAUAAUGUUUACACACAUAAUCAAAAAGAUCAACAAGGCAUACAAGUACUGCCAGCAGCGGAGUGACUUCGUCUGGAAGGAGUCGAAACGGAUCCAUGCCCUGAAGGAGAAGGGUCGCGAGGACAAGAGGAGGAUGAGUUCGUUAUGGGAAGAGAUCCUGUCGACCUCAUCGCUAGCCGCCUCGAUGCAGGACAUUUACGAGGCCGUGUCCCAGAACAGGAUCGCCGCCUUGCAACUGGACACCACCGAAGGCACGGUAACCCACUCGGUCCAAAUCCCCGUCCCGUUCCACGUGUCAGACCUGCCGCAAGAAGGAGAGCAAGGCCAGCAGGGCCUCUGGUUGACUACGGUGAACUCGCUUAUGGGAGAGGAGGCGGCGGAGACACCGGGCUUCAUGGACAAGAACUUCGCUCUCUUGCUCAUGGUGGAUGAGAGGAGGAUCACUGCAGAACUGCAGAGCGAUCCGGACGAGACCACGCUCGCUAUGAUCGAGUUUGUGCGCCACUGCAAGCCAACUCUCUCCUUCCACCAAGUGUUUCAGCAGUCCAGCAAUAUUCUCACUCCCGCUCAAGUGCGUAAGUUUGCGCAGCACUUCAUCUUCUGGAGGCGGGCCAUCGCCAUCCCGCCACUCCACGCGCGCGACAUGUACAUCGUCAGCCCCAACUGCGACAUGCGGAAGCUGCCGCAAGCAACGGUCCAAUGGGCGCGCCAGUUCCCGAUGUCGCCAGCUCUGCCCAACUUCCUCGCCGAGCUGAGCGUGGCUCCACGCCCGUACAAGCUGCACUGCCCCAGCAAAGCCCACCGCCCGAUCUACAUGGCGAUGCUGGCAUGGCUGAUGCGCGGCGGCUGGGUCACCCAGCUGUGCACCUUCGCAUACGUUGUAGUAUGGCCCGAAAUCAUCUACGAGGUCGAGCACGCGCUGGAAGCCGAGGAGAUUGCGCGUGCCAAACACUCUCAAACCGUGGGCAAUGAACCGGGCAGCCUGGAAAGCGACGACGCCAUCAACACCACCCCGCUCGCUGCGUCAACGCCCGGGGUAGCAGCCCUGGGCGACGCCGCCGUAGCCGGAUUCGCCUCCGGCUUUCUUCCCUUGCUCUACGACGAUGCCCGCGACUCCGUCUCCCCGACAAUAGCAGGUCUCCACGAUCUGUCCCUAUCCCACUCACAGUCUUCCCUCGUCCCGCCAACCAGCAGAACCGCAACCCCUACCUCUCCCUCCACCUCCUCCACCCGAUUCAGCAGCCAUGACAGCCACCACUCCCCUUUCCCCCCACCACCACCAUCAUCAUCAUCCCUGAGACCUUCUUCCAGUAUUAGUAACCAUCCGACGCCGACGCCGGCCGAACAGGCGGCCGAGAAGGCCCGGCUGGCACGCAUAGCCGACAAGGCCGCGCGCGAGCUAGCCGAGCGCGCCACGGCGCACGCGCGCAAGGCCGUGCCGCAGCAGACGGCGCACCCCAGCAUCAACCAAGCGCGCCAUCUCGAGGGGAUGGCGCCGCAUAUUAUUCUGGAUGCCAAGAAGGCGACCGGCAAGGAGAGCCUGUACCUGAGCGCCAUUGGCAAGCGGUUCCGCGAUCGGGUGAAGGGGAAGAAGAUGAAGGCUGGAAGAGGUCGUGAUAUUGGUGAGUCUAAAGUGGAUGAUAUUGGGCCUGGAAGUGGAGCUGGCGCUGGCGCUGGCGCUGGUGAGAAGAAAGAGAAACUGAAGGAAGGGGCUGUCGGUGGCGGUACAGAAAGACGAGAAGCAGGAGGCACGGGAGGCGGAGGCGGCGGAGGGAUCCGUGACCGUGGGGACUGGGAUGAGAGGGUCGCCAACGCGUGGCCUGUCUUCUGCAAGUACUUCAACGGACGGUCCGCGCUGGAACGGAUUGCCCUGCAGGAGGACAUGAAGCGGAAGGAUGUGUGGAACCUGCUGACGUCCAUGAGUGAGUACCUACUCUGCGUGCGUCACUGGUAGGUACUAGCUAGGUAUUGUACCUAGGUAGCAAGGGAUUUGAAAGUUGUGAAUGUCAAAAGCUAAGG